GAGGCAGGAGCUGCACUUUGCCGACGAGCAUCUCUGCCGUCCUGCUACACUACAAUAAUCACUGCCCUCGGAUCUGAGAAAAUACACAGGGACUUCUCUGGAAAAAAAGGAAGAGUUCAUCAAUGUAACUCCGGUCUGUCCGAAACUGCGCCGUUUAUCUGGAUAAGUCCAACCCGAGGAGAAGAGACCUAAAGAGAGGCAAAGGACAGAGACAGAACGCGAGUGGAGUGUCGACGUAAAAUUGUGAAGGAAAAGAGAAGAAUAUGAUUGUCAAGCAGCAACUGAUCUUCAUCCUUUACAGCCUCUGUGCAAGCGUCUUUAAAGUGGCUGGGACAAAAAGCAAAGCGAAAGGUAGCCAAGCUCAGUUCCCCAUAACUCAGAAUGUGACGGUGGUGGAGGGGGGAACAGCCAACAUGACCUGUCGUGUGGAUUACAAUGAUAACACUUCCCUCCAGUGGUCAAACCCUGCACAACAGACCCUAUUCUUUGGGGACAAGAAAGCUCUGAGGGACAACAGAAUCGAGCUGAUGCGAGCCUCAUCGCAGGAGCUCACCAUCAGAAUCGGUGACGUCAGCCUGUCAGACGAGGGCCAGUACACCUGCUCGCUCUUCACCAUGCCUGUCAAGACCACCAAGGCCUUUCUCCAUGUUCUGGGUGAGCAUGCCCGUAUUGGCCCAGUCUCCACAGGAGUGCCAGGAAGACCAGAGAUCACAGGAUUCACCAAGCCUGCCAUGGAGGGGGACAUAAUCACCCUGACGUGCACCACAGCUGGCAGCAAACCAGCUGCUAAGAUCCGGUGGUUCAGAAAUGACAAGGAGGUCCAAGGCACUAAGGAAGUGAAUGCCACUGGAAAAUCCUUCACAGUGAGGAGUAGCCUCCAGUUCCAGGUGGACAGACGGGAUGAUGGCGUUGCCUACACCUGCAGCGUGGAGCAUGUGUCUUUGUCGAACCCUUACAUGACAACCGAAGUCCUGGAGGUCCACUAUGCUCCCCAUCUGGAGAUCACACAUUCACUGAUUAUUCCACAGGAGGGGCAAUACUUCAAAUUGGAGUGUGUGUCCAUAGGCAACCCAAUACCUGAGCCGGUGCUGUGGUCUAAAGAUGGCGGAGAGCUGCCAGACAUCGAGCGUAUGAUUGUGGAGGGCAGAGAACUAACCAUCACCACACUAAACAAAACAGACAAUGGCACAUACCGCUGCGAGGCCAGCAACCACCUGGGGACCAGCACUGCUGAAUAUGUACUGUUUGUAUAUGCCAAAGACUUUCCAGGGCCUACAACAGAUCCUAAUGCUUUAGGACAACAUGGACCUGACCACGCUUUAAUCGGCGGCGUUGUUGCAGUCGUGGUAUUCAUCACCUUGUGUCUGAUAAUAGUUCUUGGACGAUAUCUGGCCAGACAUAAAGGGACGUAUCUAACACAUGAGGCCAAAGGAGCAGAGGAUGCCCCCGACGCAGACACAGCCAUCAUCAAUGCAGAGGGGAACCAUGUGCAUGCAGAGGAAAAGAAAGAGUACUUCAUUUAGACUUCUGUCACUCUUUUCACGACAAAUUCUGAUCGCAGACAUGCAAUUUUAUGCUGGCUCAGCGUCACUACAUGAUCUGUUUUACUUUAUUAUUAUUAUUCUGUCAUCUCCAGAAAGCUCAUGCUUGGAUUACGCUUGUUUUCAAAGCAUUUGCUGACAAUAUAGCCUUCUCCUUUUGUAAUCAACGUAAACCAUGUGCGAUUGGAUUAUUUCCAUUUCAGUUUUACGGUGCCUAAAUGCUGUAUAUUCUUCUGCAUUUCUUUCAUCCCUUGCAUUAACUUUUUUUCUCUACUCUCUCUUUCUUUACUUACUCUACCUGUUAGAUAACUUUUUGCAGAUCUUUUGAAGUUUGGAAUCAACAAGAAAUGCGUUUUAGCUAAAGUUCAAGUCAAAUGCUUUGCUUUAAGAGCAGGACCGGUUAAACACAUCAAUGUAUCAAACAUUAACAGGAUUAAACUGCUUUUGGAUGUUGCCUGAAGCUUACACAACCACAGCCAAACAUAAAACCCACCAGAUACUUUGACAAAACAUAGAAGCACAAUCUAUGUGAUUGUCUCUAGAUGAAAUCAACUCCCUCUUAGCACUGUCUGUAUAUUUCUGCAUUGAUUUACUUUCAGCUAUUGCUCAUGCUGUUGCUUUGUACCAACAGAGAACAAGUUAGAAAAUUAAAGCACAAAGUCUGAGGACUAACAAGGAGGGAAAACACAUCAACUGUUGUCUCAGGAUUCAAUAUGAGUCGAGAUGGAGAGAUGGUGUCAGACAGGUGAUGAAGAUUUCAGUACACUUGCAGUUAUCGUCAUGGAUGAGGAACUUUAAUUUUGGUUGGCGAUUUAAUGUAAGAUCCAAACUGAAUGAGUGGAACCUUGUGGGGGUUCAUUAUUUAUGUUGAAUUUUAUUGAACAACUAUGCUCAAUGUGUGGAUAUUGCUGUAAAAUACUUUGCUAACGUGAAUAUUGGUGAAUCUUGGGAUCCCUGACAUUACAAUUUGUAUAUUAGCUUAUAAAGUAUUUAAAGUAUUCCACAAGUCUUCUUUGUUCUCCCAUUUAUCUAACAAAAAGGUUGUUUUGCCAGAUGGCAUGUAAAUAAUGUGUAAGUAUUCAAAUUUAGUAAAAGAUAAUACAAUGGUUAUAGCUAUUAAUUUCAGGUCUUAUCAGUCCCCAUCACUUUGAUGAGAUUCUUUUCAUAUUUUUGAAGAUUUUUUCAAACAGGGAUUCUAAUGAACUGCUUAAAAUGUAAAAAAAAAAGAAAAGAAAAUAAUACUGUAUAUGUAUUUAUUAUUAUGAUUGAUUGACAUUUAUUAUACUAUAUUGAUUGAUAUUAUUGCUGUUCUUACUAAAGUAGUUGUCUGACAUUAACUUUUCCAUUUUUUAAUUCUGUAACUUAUCAUAAAGAAAAACAAUACAAGGAUCACCGUUAUGGCCUUUGAGUUUGCUGCAAACAGUACUAAUGACAUGUUGAGGCAUUGGUGAAUCAGACAUGCCCUCACUGUAUAUUGUCACUGUAUCAAAGACAUUGAACCACAUUGCCAAUGCUCAUACAUGUUAUUUUGUUAGUUCAGUAUAAUGCUAUAAAUAAGUCAUUUUGUACAAAGUUUUAAUCGCUGUAAUUAAUUUGCUUUUUAUGCGGGAUGUGUGAGGUUUGCUUUUUUUCUCAGCAUUGAAUAUUCAUUUUUCAACUAUGCCACUGUAAAAAAAGAAAAAAGAGAGACAAAGUGCGGAUUAAAAUAUGAACAACUUGAAAACUGC